UACAAGAGAAAUCAAGCCGAAUCAAACCGACAUAGGACGUAAGGUGAAGUUAAAAAAUCCAACCACUCGUAUCAGCAACAUUCCUAGUAGUAACUCGCUCUUAAGUAAACGUGAUUCGCUGCAUAGCUCUAGUAACAACUAUAGCAGCGCCAACAACAACAACAACAGCAACCAUAACAACAACAUAAACCACCACAACGGCAGCAGCAACAAUGCCAUCGCCAACAACCAUAUUAGCAGUAGUAGUCUAUUGAAUCCCGCGCUCGCGAACAACCUGCACCAGCACCACAACGGCAACCUGCUGUCGUCGUCGGCGACGACGCUGAACGGCGGCAACAACUACAGCAGCAGCAACCACCUUUCGACAUCACCAAAACUCCCGAAAAGCAAUGGCUUUGUGCAGCAGCAGCAGCACAACAAUCACCACUACAGCAACGGCAGUAGUAACAACAAUGGUACGACGGGGGCGACGCAGCUCAAGCCCGGCUACCAGCACACGGUGCAUGAUCCUCCGCAACAGCAACAGCAGCUACUACAACAGUCCCAGCAAAAGUCUGAAACGAACGGUGUCGUGUCCAGUCGGACGGCCAACGGGCGGACGUCCCACAAGGGCAGCAGCGGCAAUCCGGACAUCAUGAAGCGGAAUAUCAGGGAAAGGUUGAUCCACCUACUAGCACUAAGGCCAUUCAAAAGACCAGAAAUCCUCCUCAAACUGCAGCAAGACGGUGUCCGGAAGGAGGAGCGUAAAUGCAUAUCUCAGAUACUGACAAACAUAUCCAGUAUGCGGGAUAAUGUCUACUACUUGCAUCGGCACAUCUGGAACGAUGUACAGGAGGACUGGCCGUUCUAUACCGAACAGGAGCGGCAGAUACUCAAAAGGCGGAAACCUCAAAACCUAACCCCUCCAGGGUCGGACGGUGGUUCGUCGACGUCGGGACAGAGUCCGUCCAGUGCGCACAACGGCAGCAGUCCACCGUCGUCCGGUGGCAAGAGGGCCUCGGUCGCCAACAGCAGCGAAGACCUCGGCAGCAUGCCCACGUCCAAGAAGCCCCGGAUUAGUCACUACAAGAAGGACAUCCUGCCGGAGUCGAACCGGCGGGGUGUAACUGAUUCUAGGGACUCCAGUAAUAUGAAUCCUCGCUCAAGGCCGUACGAUGAUAAUAUGCGUUCCUCCAAAUAUUACAACAACUACAGCAAUCAUCACAGCAACAACCACCACAACAACCACCACCACCACCACAACCACAGCAACCAUCACGGAUCAAGCGUGACACCGAACGCGCAGGAAUCGGAGGACAGCGGCGUCAGUUUGAGCUACUCGCUCGUGUCGAACGAUGUGGCCCGACGGAUCCAGGCUCCGGCGAGCGACAAGGACCGCAGCAGCGAACGGGAACGAGAACGAGAUCGGGAUCGGGAACGAGAGCGAGAACGGGAGCGGGAGCGGGAACGGGACCGAGACCGGGACAGCCGGGUGGACGAUGUGAUAUCGGAGCGGGACAACUACGACGACCAGAUCAACGCGUACCGGGCCAACACGAACAAGGUUAAAUCGCUGAAGGAUGACUUCAGUGACCAAUUUACUAGGAUAACCUCGGUGGAACAACGGCGUAAAUAUAAGACUGAAUUUGACAACGAUUUUCAAGAGUACCGGCGGCUGCACGAAAUCGUUGAACGAGUAUCGAGAAAGUUUGCUCAGCUGGAGGAGAACUUGCAACACGAGCGGCAUAACGAGAGGCGGUAUAAGGAGAUUCAGCGACAAAUCAUCAAGGAGUACGAUGAGAGUAUAAAGGAUAACAAAUUUCAGGAGACUAAGCAGAGGUUCAACUACCUUCACAACAAGCUAUCUCAUAUCAAGCAUCUCGUGCACGAUUACGACGUAGCCAUCACCAACGGACACUGUCGGCCGCAGGAGAAUUACUGACGAUUAUUGAAGCCUGUAAAACAGCACUCGUCGCAAUUCGUAUGUUGACGACACUAAACCAUUACACACAUACAAACGAAUCCACGCUAAGAAAAAAAAACACAUGCAUACAGCCUGAGAUAUAUGAAUAGGAGAAGCUUAAGCUCUUCGUCUCACUCUCCGACGACAGUGUUAUACUACUCUAGAGAACGGCAAGCAAGCAAAACCAAUAGCAGUAGCAGCAGCAGCCGCAGCAGCAUGAGGAGCCGCUGCAAGCAAUCCUUUGUUACCUUUUUUUAAUUAAUGGAAAAUAAUUUGUUUAGAAGUUAGAAAACCAGCCAAGGAGAACCUAGCCAAGAAAAUAAACUAAAAAAGUCCCGGGAGGCCGCCGAGAUCAGCCGGAACCGUGCCACGCAUUCUCGUCCGUGGGAUCCCGUGCCUCCCAGCCAGCCUGCCAGACCUGCGCAGACAUCUCAUCUCAACCAACUAAGAAACUUCUCGCGACGAUGGUGCUCUCGUUCGUUGUCACAUGAAUGCCUUGACCCGCCCCGCUCCCGCAUUCGCCGCAGCCGACGACACUCCUCUGGAAUCGACCGCGUCGUCGCCGCAACACGCCCCAUCAUCCCAGUAGCAUCUCGUAAUACUAGUAGCAGUAGUGAAGGAAGAAGAAGAGGAGAAGGAGUAGUACUAACAAAACCCCCGCAGCAGCCGAAGCAGCAGCAGCAGUAAUAGUCAUCGUCGCCGUCGUACUCGCGGUUUCUCGCCAACUCAUCUCUCGAUCGAAACACCAGCACAUCCGCCCACACACACACACAAACACACCCGCAAUAGAAAAAAAAAUGAGGAAAUCCCGCUUGGAACAGCAGGCGGGAUGGACGCAGCCGACAACAAAAGCCUAUUGCUUAUGGCUCUCAUGGCAACCUCGAUGCGGUAGAACCGCACAGCCAACAAUCAAACACACACACUCACACGCAUAGGAAAACCCCACACCUUAAAGGAAAACAAGAAUACGAAACGAGAGUGAGAAACAUCAAACACACAAACAAACAAAAAAAACACAUGAAUUGAUUUCUAAGGAUUUUUCGUUUAAACUAAUUUUAGGGAGUUUAUGAAACUUAACUAGUUAAUUGAGCGUUUAGCUACACACGCGCUAGAAGAAGAAGCAUCAGAGCAGCAGAAGAAGAGAGAAAUGAGAGACAGAAAACGAGAGAGAGAGAACAGGAGAAUGAGUGAACCAACUCGAAGUCACCACACAUGAGUAGUAGGAUUUUUUGAAUUUAAUUCCUUAGUUUUCUCGUUUUUUUUAAUUCCUUUUGUUUCGUUUGAAAUGAGAGCAAGCCAAGCGCCAAUGUUGUUGUUCCCUUCGCCCCUGUGUUUCUUUUCCCGGAACGGGGAGGAAAAAAGGGCUUUUAUAUGUAGACAGAGAAAGAAUCGGUCGUUUAGGGUGAAGAGAGCGUGGAAAGAAGGAAAGGUAGGAGAGAGAGCCUAUAGGUAGCAAGUGAAACCAACUAUCGUGAUAUUCUUUUUGUUUUCUUCCAACGCACUCACGCGUGAGCGAUGAGCGUUUGCUCGCCGCACACGCACACACAACCAUCCAAUCUGUGUACAAUCGUGUGUGUGUGUUGUGCUAAGGUGAGUGACGCCAACGCUAAGCCAAUAAUACUAAAACAGGAAUGCAGGAGACGAGAAAAGGGAGCAAGCUAUAGAGAGCAGAUAGCAGGGAGGGAAGAUUUAAGGAAAUUAUGGGUAUUUAAUUAAUUUAUUAGUUGUUUAAUUUAGGCAAUUUUGAAAAAUAUGUAAAUGAAACAGGAAGGAAGGAAAUGAAGAAAAUGUCGUUGAGAGUGAGAAUCACUCUCGCGAAACAAAACAGUCAGUCAAAUUAUUUCCUCGCGAGCAUGCGAGCGCGAUCAUCCCAUUCCAGCAGCGACUCGUGGCUGUGCACUUUCGAAUUUUGUGACAUUUUUUUUUCAAUAUCUGAUCCAUGUUUUAAACUUGUCUCAAUCGUGUCCCAAAUUAAGCAUUUCGGAACCUGUUAGAGGUGUUCCAGAAUAGUCACAUCAGGUUUAUGUUCAUUGACUUGUCUUCCCAAUCACUUAAAGAUUUAUGUGUCGCAUGACAUACUUUUGUCACAGAGUAGAAAUGUCCCGAAAAGAACCUGACGGAAUCUGUGUCCAGUGUUCCGGUGUGGCCACUACAGUUGAAGCAGAUUCGACCGUAUGGUUUUCGUAUAUUCUUUAAAAGUACAAAUAGGUGCGACAUGCGGUCUUACUUUGGUUAUGAAAAGGAAAUGCCAUCAACGAGAUCCUGCCGUACGGAAUCAGCUACAGAAGUCCGGAACUAGUGGUCAUAACAACUAAGUUCAUUCUAUGUUUAUUGGCGUCUUCUUUUAAAAUCAUAAAGAUCGAUGUGUCGCACGAUACGUUUUGAUCUUAAAAUGAAAAUGUCCCCGCAGAGGCCCUGGCGGAACCUGUGUCACAUGUUCCAGAAUGGUUACUUCAAUUGAUGUAGGGAGCAGUCUUUGUACAUUGGCUGAAAGAAUAGUUCAUGAAGAUUAGCGUAUAGUAACUCUCACUUUCCUGAUAUGUGGAUUUGCUAUGACCCAGAACACAAUCCGAAACAUUUCCGUUACGGUUCCGAAUUUCGCCUCACGAUGUUUGAGGUUAGUUUAAAAAUUGCCCGAAAAAUUGAAUAAAUAUCAACAGUUUGCAAGUGUACCAGGCCAGGCGUCGGUACCGUACAAGUUGAUCGCGUUCGCAUGCCUGCGAGCGAAAGUUAGAGCAAGAGGAACUGGGAUAAGCAAGAGAAAUCCGGUGGAUCACCUGCGCCCGUCACACGGGCAACUCGCAAUCAACUGAAAAACCCCCUAGUGCCACAAAGAAUUAGAGAAAAUGAUGACGGAAGCGGAAGAGAUGAAGUAGAAGACAAUUUAUUGAAACAUAGCGAAUCUAAUCAGAGAGAAGAGUUUCAGCUCGUUGUGACGUGGUGGCAGCAGUCGGAGGAUCCACUCCGGAACAAAGAAAACUAACGAACAGAUAACAGGGAACGAAAGAAGCGAAGGAGUCAGACACGGAGAUGUUGUUGUACAGGAGCACAACAGAAACAAACCAGUCAAGAAUAGAGUCAAGAAGCGCGUAGUGAGAACUGCGCGUGCGCGGUAUAGGAGAAUAUUUCUUCAUUUCGGUUUCAUUGUACGGCGAGAGGCCCGAAGGCAAGCAAGCAAGCAAGUGGUAAAAUCUGUUGAAGUUUUAGGUUUAGGCAGUGAGUGAGGAGAAAGAGCGAGGUGGAGGAGUGUAAAUAGUGAUGAAAUAUUUGCCAGUGGAAGAACUUCCCAAGAAAAUAUAUGCAACGGACAAACUGUGAA